UGCCACGAUUGGCAGGUGGCCGUGGCUUCGGGACCAAUCAGUGCGAGGAAACUUCGGGUCUCUGGGUGGGAGGACUCCGGCGUUGGGAGGCUGGGAGGACCCCUGCAAUUCUCUUGGGCGCAGCUACUGCCCCUAGCUCGAGCUCUGAGGUCGUGCCCGAUUAGAGGCGUGGGGACUGCGUGUGUAUAGGGGCGGAGGGGCCUGCUCCAAGCUCUCUCUUUCUCUGCGGCUCCUACCCUCGCUAGGCCUAGGUUGUGCCUCAGUUUCCCCAUUUCUCCGGCGGAAUCCGCUCGAACAGGCGCCGGGGUGGUGGGGAGAGGUGGGCAGCGGCACCCGUCACCCUGAGCCCUCCUCCCCACCUCCUCGCUCCGGCCGGGCGCGGGGUCCGGGGCGGGGACACACGGAACAGCGUCACGUACCGGGAAGGAAGCAGCCGGAGCCGGCGCGGAGCCGGAGCCGGGCGAGCGGAGGCGGAGCGGAGGGGCCGGGCCGGGCCAGGCCGGGCCAUGGCAGCCCUAGAUCCACCGUCCCCUGCUGGGGCCGGCCUCGCCGGGGAGGAGGCGCUGGAGGAGGAAGAGGAGGAGCCCGAGCAGGAGCCAGGCCCCGAGACCCCUGAUGAUUCGGAGAAGGCAGCCCCCGGCUGCGGCCCAGGCGGUGGGGCCGCUGGGACGGGAGUGGGCGGGCGCGGCUGCGUGCUGACCCGGCGCGGAAUCACACUGCGGGUGCUGCUCAAAGAUGCCCUCAUUGAGCCCGGGGCCGGGGUCCUCUCCAUCUACUACCUGGGGAAGAAAUUCAUUGGGGAUCUGUUGCCAGAUGGGAAGAUCACCUGGCAAGAGACUGGCCAGGUGUUCAACUCACCCAGUGCUUGGGCCACUUAUUGCAAGAAGCUGGUGAACCCCGCCAAGAAGUCGGGCUGUGGUUGGGCCUCGGUCAAGUACAAGGGUCAGAAGUUGGACCAGUACAAGGCCACUUGGCUGAAACGGCACCAGCCCAAUGCUCCCUCUGCUGCAGAGGAGAGUCUGGUCAGUGAGGGUGAGGAAGAAGAACUGUUAGAGGAAGAAGAGGAAGAAGCAGCAGUGACUCGGGAAGGGAAGAUGCUGACCCCGGCUUCCACCUCAGCCCCCAUCCUCUUGGAAGAGAAGGGCAGGAAGCAGUUGGGAAAAGCCCUGACAGAGUCUCCCAACCCAGAGGCUGGACCCCCUGGGAAGCGGCUGGAGAACAAGGGCCGGGUGCCAGUCCGAUACUGCACCCUGGGCAGCCGGGAUUUGGCCAGGAAUCCUCACACCCUGGUAGAAGUGACAUCCUUCACAGCCAUCAACAAGUUCCAGCCUUUCAACGUGUCCGUGUCUAGCAACGUGCUGCUUUUACUGGACUUCCACAGCCACUUGACGAGGAGUGAGGUCGUGGGCUACCUCGGAGGUCGCUGGGACACCAACAGCCAAUUGCUGACCGUGCUGAGAGCCUUCCCCUGCAGGAGCCGUCUAGGCGACGCCGACACGGCCACCGCCAUUGAGGAGGAGAUCUGCCAGAGCCUGUUCCUUCGGGGCCUCUCCCUGGUGGGCUGGUACCACAGUCACCCCUACAGCCCGGCCCUGCCCUCCUUGCAGGACAUCGAUGCCCAGAUGGACUACCAGCUCAAGCUGCAGGGCAGCGGCAACAGCUUCCAGCCCUGCCUCGCCCUGGUGUGCGCCCCGUAUUACUCUGGAAACCAGGGGCCGGAGUCCAAAAUCUCUCCGUUCUGGGUCAUGCCGCCCCCAGAGCAAAGGCCCAAUGACUAUGGAAUCCCCAUGGAGGUAGAGAUGACUUACAUCCAGGAUGGGUUCCUGACCAAUGACAUCCUCCAUGAAAUGAUGCUGCUGGUGGACUUCUACAAAGGAGCCCCAGAUGUGGUCAAGUUUCAAGACCUGUGGAACCAAGAGCAGACCUACCUGGACAAGCUGAAGGUUUCCUUGGCCAGCAGGACACCAAAGGACCAGGGCCUAUGCCAUGUCUUGGAACAAGUCUACUGUCUCCUUAAGAACAGCAGCUGAGGCCAGACAGCUUCUGGAUUCUGAUGUAUUACAGAGUGGCAGGGGGAAAGCUGAUGCCCCCAGUGCAACGGCAGCCAGCCCCUGGCAGGUCAGGGAUCAUCCCAGUGCCACAUAAACUUCUGAGGCAGGAGCUGGCUGUUAGUGGAGGUGACCAGCCGCUUUGUACUACUGACCAUUGCUCUCAAGAUGGGAAGGUGGCUACUGAUGGGGGGUGGGGGGAUGCUAAGUCUUCUCCAGUUUUACUUUGCUGUGUUGCAUGUCAAAUGUCUCUGUUCCCCCUGCCCUGUUGGUUCUGGGCUAUAGGAUAUAGCUGUUUUUGUUGUUUUUUUUGGAGGGGGGGGCCACAGUUGUUGCUGUGCCAGUUCAUUCAGGUGUAAUUUAUUUGUGCAAUGGUAGUGUUCAGACAAUAAAGUGAAAAAAAAAAUCA